AUGACUAGUGAUCAUAUUGAUAAUAUGAUUAUUCCAUUAGACAUUGACAAUAAUAAUUUAAAUAAAAGUGAAAAUUGUUGUUGGAUUAAAUAUAAGAGUAGUCAAUUGAACGCACCUGUUGAUGCUAUGGGUAAAAUAAGUACGUUAGAAGAAAUACAAUUAACAUUUGGAAAUCAUAUACAAGCAUGUCCAUAUGAUAAUAUUACAUAUUAUAAAAAUCUUUCAAAUCGUGCUGGUGAAGCAGGUUAUGGACCAAAAUAUUUUGCUGUUGAUAAAAAUAAAAAUGUUAAUGGAAUGGAAAGUGUUUAUUAUUUUGAUGACACAAUAAAUAAAUGGCGUGGAUAUGUAUCAGUUACAAAGGUCACAUUUGAAAAUCCAUUUGAACGAGGUGGUCAUAUGUCUGAUUCACCAGUUGAUGAUAGACGCGUUUAA